UCGUAAAAUUAUUUAGAUAAAAUUUAAACAUUUAAUUAAUUUUUUUAAGUUGUUGGUUUCUUAAAUUAAAAUAUUAUUGUCAUGCAUUUAAAAACUAAACUUAUUAUUUGUUUAGCAUGUUUUUUUACCAGCACAAAGUGCGUAGGACUUAAUGGCCCUCAAAUAAAACAUUAUCAAAAGUUGAUAUAUAAUCAUCCAAAUAUUGAAAUCAUUAAAAAAGUUUUAAUAGAAAAUGGUAUCGAAAAGUUAUACAAUGAUUUUAACAUUGAAGAUCCAUUACCAAUAAGGUUUUACAAGUUAUUGAAAUUUUUGGUUAAUGUUGCAAAAUGUGGUGAUGAUGCAAAAAAUGUAGAAAAAUUGUACCUAUAUGACUUUAAUAAUAUCUCAACAAAAUUCUUCGAUUUAGACACAGACAACGAUGGUCGGAUUGAUAAAAGCCUUUGCAUUAAAUUGAUUGAUUCAAUUGGAUACAGUGAUCUUUUUAGAAUCGAAGAAAAAGACGGAAAAAUUAUCGAAAUAGCUGUCUCUGAAUUGAAAAAUAAAAUUAAUGAUGGCCAGCAUAUAUACGAUAUCGGUGAUGUAAUGUUGAAAAUAUUACAGAUCAGGGCACAAUUAAAAAAAAAAGAAUAUGGCGAAAUUGAAGAUUUUGAUCAUAUCGAUCAUUUAUUUAAAAAAGUCUCAAGAAAAUACUAUCGCAUAGAUGAUGAGGAAUUUUUUAAAAAAGCACUGCUUGGUGAACUUGAAAAUUGUGAUGAUAUGAAUGUUUUUAUAAAAAGAAUCGCAAGAAAUUACUUUGCCAAUAAGGAAGAGUAAUAUUUA